AUGUGUAAUAAAAAUAUCGUAAAAUCCACUCAAAAACUCUGCGUUAUGGCUGAAGGAAGCAACAUUUUACUUGAUCCAAUGCAAGCAUGUAAGAAAACACGAAAAAUUCCUAACAAAAUUCUUGACAUCUGCAAACAGGAUAGUCGCAAUAAAACAUCGAUUCUCAAGAAAAUCACGAAAGGUAUCAGCUUGGGAUUUCGUGAAUGUGAAAAUCAAUUUCGUCAUCGCAAAUGGAAUUGCACAUCGCAAAGACGAAGCAUGAAGAAAAUUUUGCUAAGAGAUACAAGAGAGACGGCAUUCGUGAAUGCUAUUACAGCUGCUGGCAUUUCUUAUACGAUCGCUAAAGCUUGCUCAAUGGGAGAAUUAGUUGAAUGUUCUUGUGAUAAGAAUCUUGUGCGGCAUAAUGUUUUGUUGAAUAACAAUCAAAUGACAACUUUUGACAACACAAAAACUAACAUCAUUAACAUUAACAAAAAUAAAACAAAAAAGCCGAGAAGAAAUGGAAAUAAUAAGAAAAGGGCAAGAAAUUCUAACAAGAAACAGCGGAAAGCUCCACUUGCUCUACCCACAGAGGUUCCUGGAGUACCCGUCGUUGGUGAAAAUUGGGAAUGGAGUGGAUGUGACGACAAUGUAAAUUUCGGUAACCGAAAAUCAAAAGAUUUUCUCGAUGCUCGCUUACGACGUCGAAGUGAUAUUAAAACGUUAGUCAAAAUUCAUAACAAUAAUGCUGGACGUUUGGCUGUAAAGAAAAGUAUGCGUCUCGAUUGCAAGUGUCAUGGAUUGUCAGGCAGUUGCACAAUGAAAACAUGUUGGAUGAAAUUACCAUCAUUUACUGAAGUCGCUCAUCGACUUAGGGAUCGUUUUGACGGUGCAUCAAAAGUGAUUUCAAACAAUGAUGGCACUAAUUUCAUGACAGAAGGUUUGUCAAUAAAACCACCAACGAGACAAGAUCUUGUUUACACUGAUGAAUCUCCCGACUUUUGUCGACCAAAUCGUUUAACUGGCUCACUUGGCGUACAAAAUCGUGAAUGCAACAUCACAUCAAGCGGUGAAGAUGGCUGCGAAAUUCUCUGCUGCAACAACGGCUAUCAGCGCAGCGUGACUUUUGUAAAGUCAAACUGUAAAUGUCGUUUCAUCUGGUGUUGCGAUGUCGUGUGCAAUACGUGCCUUGAAAAGCGUGAAAUAUACACUUGUCGAUAAUUAAAUAAAUCAGAAAUAUCGAAUCAAUUCUUCACUCUGAUUUACAUUAAUUUUAUUUUUCUAAUCAGCAUAAAAACUUUUGGAAUCUCCAAGGGAAUCUCAAUUUAUGCUAAAUGACCAAAAUUUUUUUAUUGAGAAAACAUUACAAUGCAUGUUUUAUGUUCGUGAUUAAAUUUUAAUUCUUUAGAACAAUUAAUGAGACUAAUUAAAAAAAUGUAAUUAACAAUUAAGGA